UCCUUUUCCUGGAGGAAGCCACGACCGGCGGCGUCGCUGGGACGCCGAGUCGCCGACGCCGCCCAACACCCCGCUCCAUCCCAGUCCAUGUGGCCGCCCCAGCCGUGGGCUAAGCAUCACGCCACCCGCAGCUCGCCGAAUCGUGCGUAGCGCCGGCCGCCCUGGCCAAAUCGAGCAGCGGCGCGGCCACAUCGGGGCUCAGGCAGCGGCUCGGUCACAUCGAGGAGAGGACCACUGCCCACUGGGGGCGGCGCGGGCGCCAAAUCGAGGAGGGGUUACCCCAAUUCCAGUGGCAAGCGAUCAUACUGCGAGGCUCCACCCAGCUUGAAUAGUUGCUGAUUUUGGCUCGUGCCAAAGCUCAACCAAGAUGUUCCCGUGGGAAAUGGACGUUGAUGGAGAGUCGAGCGCAACUCUGGGACAGAUGGAAGACCUGGGAAAAUUUUCAUCGGAGAAUGAGAGUUGUGGCAUUUGUAGAGACAUCAUCAUCGACAGAGGAGUCUUGGAUUGUUGUUCACACUGGUUUUGCUAUACAUGCAUUGAUAACUGGGCUGCCAUCACAAAGCGGUGCCCCCUAUGCAAAAGUGAAUUCCAACACAUAACAUGCACUCCAGUAUAUGGUACAAUUGGAGCUACCGACGAAGAUGAAUACUCUUUAACCAGCUGUGAUGAUGAUUGGUAUGUGCAAGAGGAAAACAGCACACUUUCCUUCCCAUCAUACUAUAUUGAUGCAGAAGCAGUAGUUUGUUUGGAUGAUGGUGAUUGCAAGAUUCGGAAUGGACUUGUGGCAGCUGAGGAUGAUUCAACUUUAGAUACAUCUAUUGCUUGUGAUUCCUGUGAUAAAUGGUAUCAUGCUAUAUGUGUGGGGUUCAAUCCAGCAAUGGCAUCUGACAAUUCAUGGCUCUGCCCAAGAUGCAAGUUUAAUGAAGUGGAACAUGAGGCAGAUGUAAUCUUGAAGCAAAACUUCAGUGAGGAGUGUAUGAUUGGUUCUGAUAGGACAGCUACCAAUGCAUCAUUUUCUGGAAGGGUGUCAGUAUCUGUUGCUGAUGAGGGAGAAACUGCCCUUGUUGUAUCAAUGGUGGGUGUGCAUUCUGAAACUAGGAGUGGUAUAUCAGAAACUUCACUAGGACUUAAGACAGCACAUGAAACAUUUAACUGCAGUUCAUAUCCAAGUCAUUCCAAAGAUGCCCUUGUUGCAGAUGCUAGUUCCCUGCGGAACACAGAUAUUUUCAGUACAUCCCAGAAUAAACCUUCUGAAACAAAUGUUGUUCACCCUCUUUAUCCUGAGCCAACAGAAACAUCAUUACAAUUUUCACCAAUACGUGAGCCAGCAACAACCAUAUUUAGCUCAGAGCAGGGUAACAUGUCAACUGAACGGUUAGAAGUACCAAAGCUUGUGUCAUCUUGUCCAGUAGUAGAUAACGGCAAGGAGGCUAAAAGUACUGGAGAGGAGAAUUCAGUGGAGCAAAGCAAUAAUGAAUUAUCUCCUGUAACCAAAUCUCCACAACCUUUCUUGUCAGAUGAAGUUCAGCAGAUGAAAACUGCACAGAACCUACAGUUGCCACUUAGGCAUGAUGGGCAUAAUAGCGAUGACAUGAAACACGAGGACAUGGAAUCUGGAAAUGAAGUGAUCCAUCCUGCGAAGAAAGCAAAAUUGGAAGUGCAAGAGCAGGACAUUAAUGUAAUUGGAAGCUCUGGUUUUUCUUCAACACAUAGUCAUACUACUAGUCCUGUAAAAGCUACCGACGAUGAUAUGCCAGAGUCUGUCGCACAACAGAAAUCUAUUCCUGAUAUAAUGAGCAUUGUUGAAGGUGAUGUUUACAGAAGAGAUCCUGGUAGAGAGCUGGCUAAGCCUGUAGGAAGAAGAGCAGGAGAUAAGCCUGGUCCUAGAGUGAAAAAGAUCUUCCGAAAGGAAGAAGGAAAAGAAUCGUCUGCCUUGGUUCAAAAGUUACAGAAAGAGAUCAGGGAAGUAGUUAGAGAUACAGGCACUAAUAUACUCGAGAAGGAUGGAUCCUUUGAUGAAAAACUGUUGAGUGCGUUCCGUGCAGCUAUAGGAAAGUCAGUGGAUGGACCAGCCAAAAGUACUAAUACCAACCAAUUAUUGAGAACAAGGAGAUCAUUGCUUCAGAAGGGCAAGAAACGUGAAAACCUGACCAAAAAGUUGUAUGGAACAUCUACAGGAAGAAGAAGAAGCGAUUGGCAUCGUGAUUGGGAAGUUGAAUUCUGGAAAUACCGUUGCUCCCCAGGAAUAAAUCCUGAAAAGAUUGAGACAUUGCAAUCAGUACUUCAGCUACUCAAGAAAUCCUCUGAAAUGGACAAGGAAAGUGCUAAGGGGAAAAAGGAAGAGAAUAACAACAAUUCCAUUUUGUCCAGGUUGUAUUUAGCUGAUGCAUCAGUUGUUCCCAGGAAGGAUGGUAUUAGGCCUCUCUCAGCCCUUGCAGGAUGUGCACCAUUAGAUAAAAGUAGCCAAAUUAAAGCUAAUGGUAACAAAUCUUCUAAUAUACCUGCAGCAGGCACCGAGACAAUGAAAAUCAGUUCACCCAGCAGCACUGGGAAAGCAUCAAGCUCUUCAAUUCUGAAUAAAGAAGCAUCUAGCAGAAGAGAAAAUAGAAAUAGCCAGCCCUCCCAGGAUAAGAGAAACCAAUCUUCUGGUGAUAUCAAGCAGGACAAAAGAAAAUGGGCUCUUGAGAUCCUGGCAAGAAAAAAUGCCAGUUCUGCUACAAGCAAAGAUCAAACUGGAGGCACUGAUGCUCUCAAGGGAAACUUCCCUCUACUAGCACAACUUCCGAUGGAUAUGAGGCCGCAGCUUGCAGCUGGCAGCAACAAAAAGGUUCCGGUAUCAGUUAGACAGGCACAACUUCACCGCAUUGCUGAGCAUUAUUUGCAGAAAGCAAACUUGGAUGUCAUUCGCAGAUGUGCAGAUACUGAAUUGGCCAUUGCUGAUGCUGUCAAUGUAGAAAUGGGUAUUUAUGAAAGGUCAAAUAGCAAAUCAAUUUAUGUGAAUCUUUGCUCUCAGGCUACUCGCCAGCAUGCCAAGGCAAAAUCUGAUAAUGACACUUCAAAUCUAACCAAAAGGACUGAAUCAGGCAGUGAUCAGAUAUCACAGGAGGUUACAUCUGAGGAUACCAAUGUUAGUGGCAGUGAUGUGGAAGAGGCUCUAAACAGAGCAGCUGUCUCCGAUCAAAAGAGUGAACUAGGCGAUGAUACUGCACUAGAACAUACUGUGCACAAGGAUACUGUUAGCUUCAGCAGUGCUGAAGACGCACUAAGAAAAGCGGGCCUCUUUGAUUCCCCUCCUAACAGUCCUGACAGAGGGACCACGGAGGUUGAAGGAGAAUCCAGGCUAGAGGAACCGAGCAAAAACUUGCAGUCAAAUCCCGAGGAUGUAUCCUCACUGAAAGAUGAUAAUUCAUCGCUGCCUACUGAUCUUGAUGCUGCAAACUGCCAAAGCCUUGACACUAUGAGUCAGCAACAUGAACGUAAUUCUGAGGAACAACAGAAGUUGACAAGCAAGGGAGAAACUGAGGACGUGGCAGCAAAGAAAAUCAAUGCCGCAAACUUGACUGAAGUCGAUAGGUGCAGUGAGCAAUGCGAAAAAUCAAGUGGACCUGGUAAAGAAAUUUCAGUUGAUUGCAGCGUGCCUGAUAAAGUUCCUGGGCAUGCAGGGGCUUCAAGAGAGAUGAUAAAAGUAGCGAGCACUUCACCUAAUCAAUCUCAUGGUGAAGUGAUCAGCAAACCAAAGAAUUCAGAGGCCCCUAAAGAGAAAUCUCGCAGUGACAAACCAUCAGUAAACAGCAAAGACCCGAAAGCAGACAAAGCAAAACAUGCAGCUGAAGCUGGAGAUGAUCCGAAGAAGCGGGCAUCUGAUCAAGCUGGUAAAAAUACACCAGAUGCCUCAAACUCUACAUAUAAGAAGGUUGAAAUGUUUGUGAAAGAGCAGAUCAGGCCACUUUGCAAGAGCGGUGUGAUCACGGUUGAUCAAUAUAAGUGGGCCGUCGUGAAAACAACCGACAAGGUAAUGAGCUUCCACCGCGAUGCCAAAAAUGCCAACUUUUUGAUCAAGGAGGGUGACAAGGUGAAGAAGCUUGCGCUGCAGUACGUUGAGGCAUCUCAGCAGAAGAUCAGUUGACUCUUACGGGAUUUUGUAAAAUGUGAUCGCAAUGCAUAGGUAUUGUUUUCUCGUGCUGGAGCAAGCAAUCUAUGAAAAUGACUUAUGUGGAUAUGGUUAAUCGUGUACAGGCGGGAAACAAGUUCCCGUAAAUAAUUUUUACAUAUGCGUUUUGCACCUGAGGAAACAAGUUCAUUCGUGACUCCAUUUUGACAGGAACAAAUGCUUCAGGUGAAAUUGAAGAAAUUUUGCUCGAAUC